UCCUCCCUAAUUUUUUAUUUUAUAAAAUUAAUCUCAAAACACAAACAGAAUACACUCUACAUGUUUGAAAAAUCAGCAUUAAUGUCUCAUCCCCACUAUCAAUUGACCCAACAAUUAUUUAUUAUCAUCAUCCCAUAGAGAAUUUGUUUACAAAUUGCUUAUGGCUAUGAAUCCAAUUUUCUUGUUCGGCUUCACCUUGUUUUUCUUCAUUGGGGGACUUGAUUCGGCUCUCGUAGCAGGAAGAAUCAGCACCAUCGGACAUGGCGAUGAGCUCAAUUUCACUGAUUCUCUCGUGUCCCAAGGUGGGAAUUUCACCUUAGGAUUUUUCACUUUUCCAAUUACGAAUCACAGUUAUUUAGGCAUAUGGUACACAAAGGACGAUCAACUUAGAAGAGUAUGGGUCGCCAAUCCAAACAACCCUUUAAGCAAUUCCAGUGUUCUCACCAUUGACAACACCACAGGAAUUCUCAAAAUUACCGACAGAGGAAGGACUGUUCUGAAUAUUUACGAUCAAGUCUCCCGCAACGCAACCGCCACGCUCGAAGAUUCCGGCAAUUUGGUUCUGAAAACCGAGAAUCAGAUUUUGUGGCAGAGUUUUGAUUAUCCUACAGACACGCUUCUACCGGGUAUGAAAAUUGGAACAAACCUUGUAACGGGCAAAAACUGGUCGCUUACUUCCUGGUUCAGCGAAUCAAUCCCGGCUUCGGGGACCUUUAAGCUGACCUGGGAGGAUCCCGAACCGCUCGCCGGUCCAGGCGAAUUGGUGAUUUAUCGGGAUGGACAGCGGUACUGGACGAGUGGGCUUUUGUCAUAUCAAAAUUUCCCGAACAUGCCUAUGUUGAAUGGUCCUAAUUCUGCGUUCCAUUACAACCUUCUUCCAGUAUCAAACAAAGAAGAAAAGUAUCUCACAUACUCUGUUUAUGAUGAACCAUUACUGAUGUGGAGGUUGGAGCCAAGGGGGGGUAUUGUUGGUAGUGAUACUUAUAUUACACCAUAUCGAUUUUGUUACGGGUAUCAAUCGGGUAGUAAUGAUGGUUGUGUGAGCGGUUUCGGGCUUCCCUCAUGCCGGAGCAGGAAAGAUACGUUCAUGCAAAAGCAAGCGAGGGUUGAAGGAAAUCCUGUUAGCCAGCGCGACGAUAAUUCGGGCUUAAGCAUUAGCGAUUGUAUGGAAAAGUGCUGGAACAAUUGCAGUUGUGUUGGGUUCACCACAAGCAAUAGCAAUGGAACGGGUUGUAUAACGUGGACUGGAGACUUGGUAUAUCAAGAAACCAGUGGAGUCGAGGGCAUAUACGUGAUGGUUCAUGAAAAUUCACCUAAAAGGAAAAUAUGGGUGCAGGUAGUCAUUGCCAUGGCUAUUUCUCUACUGAUCCUCCUUUCCGGCUACUCUUGUUAUCUGAUACGGAGAAAGUAUCAACAACGUGAGGUGGAGAAGAGAAAGCGAAAAGAAUAUUUAAAAGAGUUGACAACUUCAGACAGCUUUAAUAAUGCAAAUGAAGUUGAAGGUGAUGGAAAGGAAGGUCAUGGUUUGAACAUCCUUGGCUUCACAACCAUGAUGGAGGCCACAAAUAACUUUUCAAAUGAAAAUAAGCUAGGACAGGGUGGUUUUGGACCUGUUUACAAGGGAAAAUUACGAGAUGGGCGAGAAAUAGCAGUCAAGAGACUUUCAAGAAAUUCAGGACAAGGGCUUGUGGAGUUUAAAAAUGAACUUAUACUCAUUUCCAAACUCCAACACACAAAUCUUGUUCGGGUUUUGGGGUGUUGCAUUCAUGGAGAAGAAAAGAUGUUGAUUUACGAGUUCAUGCCAAACAAGAGCUUGGAUUUCUUCAUUUUCGAUCCAACUAAAAAGGAGUUACUAGAUUGGGGAAAACGUUUGAAUAUCAUUGAUGGGGUUGCUCAAGGACUUCUUUACCUUCAUAAAUACUCAAGAAUGAAAGUAAUACAUAGAGAUUUGAAAGCUAAUAAUGUAUUAUUAGAUGAAAACAUGAAUGCCAAGAUAUCUGAUUUUGGCAUGGCAAGAAUUUUCAAGCAAAACGAGACAGAAGCAACUACUAACAGGGUCGUUGGAACAUAUGGUUACAUGUCUCCUGAGUAUGCCAUGGACGGAAUUUUCUCAAUAAAGUCUGAUGUCUUCAGUUUUGGAAUCUUAAUCCUUGAAAUUGUAAGUGGUAGAAGAAAUACUAGCUUCUAUCAUUUUGAUGACCAUUCACUCAACCUGAUUGGAUAUGCAUGGGACCUAUGGAAACACGGAACUGCAUUGGAGUUAAAGGAUCCAUCACUUGGUAGCUCGUGUGCCACAAACCAACUGUUGAGAAUCAUUCAUGUAGGCCUUUUAUGUGUGCAAGAAAGUGCAACAGAUAGACCUACCAUGUCGGAUGUUAUUUCUAUGCUAAGUAACGAAACUAUGGUACUGCCUGCUCCAAAACAACCGGCGUUUUUCACUGGAAGAAAUGUGCCUAACACGAUGACUUCAAAUGGGGGCACGUCGAAAGAUUGUUCACUAAAUAAUUUAACCAUUUCUAUAAUGGAAGAAACCUUCAUGAUCAUGAUAAUUUUCUUUCUUAUCAUCAUGUUAUGCUUCUUGGAUUCUCUUGAUGCAUCAUGGGUCAACACGCUCAACCAAGGCGAUAAGCUCAAUUCCUCUGCUUACCUAGUUUCUGCAGGAAAGAUCUUCACACUGGGAUUCUUUAUACCAUCAACAUUUUCCAAUGACAGUUACUUAGGAAUAUGGUACUCCAAUGACAGUUACAGGAAGGUAUGGGUUGGAAACAGAAACACACCUAUUGCUGACAAUUCUGGUGUUCUCACUAUAGACAGUGUUGGCAAAUUGAUUAUCACACAUAAUGGAGGAGAUCCUAUUGAACUAUAUGGGGGUCUAACCGGCACCAACAUAGCUGCUACUCUGUUUGACUCCGGCAAUUUCAUUGUGACAGUGGCAAACAACAAUGGAUCCAAGAAAGCGGUAUUGUGGGAAAGCUUUUACUAUCCUACCGACACACUUCUACCGGGCAUGAAGCUAGGGGUCAACCACAGGACCGGCCAGAAGUGGUCAAUCACAUCAUGGGUAGGACAAGAUGUACCAGCUUCUGGGGCUUUCACUCUGGAAUGGGAUCCCACUAAACGCCGAUUAAUUGUUAGGCAACGAGGGGUGAUACAUUGGAGUAGUGGGGUCUUGGGGGACAAAAACUUCGAGAUUUUUUUUUUUACGCCUGAGGAUCGAAAGGUUAUAUCAGGAUGGUUGUUAGAUUACCAUGGUUGGAUAUAUGAUGGAGAUAGGCCUAUGAUUGCACAAGUCGAUCUCUGUUAUGGGUACAACAAAGAUAAAGGGUGUGAACUAUGGAAGCAGCCUCAGUGCAGGAAUGGAUACCAAAAGUUUGAUGAAAGAUCUGGGCAUUUUAAUGACAGCGAUAAAGCACCAUUUUAUGAUGGAAAUACAAGCAUUGGUCUCAGUGAUUGUAGAGAGAAGUGCUGGAAUGUUUGUGAUUGCAUUGGCUUUAUGGCUGAUAUUCGUGGGACUAGAUGUCUGUUUUGGACAAAAGAUUUGGAGUUCAAUCAAGAUUAUGCCGGUUCUUCAGCGAGGCAUUAUGUUCUUAGUUCAGAUCAGCCACCGCCACACAACAGAGGGAAGCAUAUAUGGAUUCCCAUUGCUGUGCCCAUUGCAAUAUUUGUUAUGCUUGUCUUUGGGAUCUUGUGCUACACGAAACAGAGAAAAAUUAGACUGCUUGGGAAGUAUGAAACAAGGAACACGAAAGAUCUAAUUGAAUUAAUGACACCCAAUGGGUACACGGUCACAAAUGAACUCGAACUUGAUGGGAACCAGAGUAAUGAUUUAAAAAUAUUUAGUUUUGGAAGCAUCAUUGCUGCUGCAAAUGGCUUCUCAUUGGAAAACAAGCUUGGGGAAGGCGGCUUUGGACCUGUUUACAAGGGAAGGUUGAUCAAUGGAAGAGAAAUUGCAGUAAAGCGAUUGUCAAGAACGUCAGGACAAGGAGUAGUGGAGUUCAAGAAUGAGCUCAUACUCAUUGCCAAACUCCAACAUGUGAAUCUAGUCCGUCUUGUGGGAUGUUGCAUUCAAGGAGAUGAAAAGAUGUUAAUCUAUGAGUAUAUGGUCAACAAAAGCUUGGACUCCUUCCUGUUUGAUCCUUUUCAGAAGGAGAAUUUAACUUGGGAGAAACGUUUCGUCAUCGUCGAAGGGAUAGCUCAAGGACUACUUUACCUCCACCAAUACUCAAGGUUGAAGAUAAUUCAUAGAGAUUUGAAAGCCAGCAACAUAUUACUUGAUGGCAACAUGAACCCUAAAAUUUCCGAUUUUGGCAUGGCAAAAAUUUUCAAGCAGAAUGUGUUGGAAGUGAAUACGGAAAGGAUUGUUGGAACAUAGCAAGUGGGAAAAUAUAUAUGUGAAUAUGUAUUUUGUAUGGGAUUGUGAGGUUUACUAUAGUAUUCCUGCAAGUGUGCUAUUAAUUAACUCACAUGAUCAAGUUUUUGUUGAAUCCAUUUUACAGCGGUUACAUGGCUCCUGAAUAUGCCAUGGGGGGUAUUUUCUCUGUUAAAUCUGAUAUCUUCAGUUUUGGAGUUUUAAUGCUUGAAAUAGUGAGUGGUCGAAAGGAUAACAGCUUCUACCAUGUUGAUGAGCCACUCAA